AUGACGGAGCAUGCUGGCGAUCGCGCCAUGCUGGACUUUUGUACCUGCUUAACGGACCACCUAUUGGCACGGUUCAUGGGUCUCACAUACGAUGGCGAUGAGCAUUCUUUCGCUGAUGAACAGCUCCUCCAACUAGAAAUCAUGCAAAACAGGAUGUAUGAGCACAAUGUGCUUCGAAUCAAUUACACAAGCUACGAUGUGCGCCGGUUGCAACAUUCCAUCAACCCUCAAACACACCCGGAUAUCAUGGUCCUGUCCCAUGAUGAUGUAGGGCCCAAUGCACACCUCCAUCCAUAUUGGUAUGCACAUGUCCUAAGUAUAUUUCAUGUGAUGGCACGGUAUAUUGGACCGAAGAGCCAGUUAUCAGAGAUGCAACGCAUGGACUUUUUAUGGGUACGAUGGUAUGGGUUGGACCCGGACAUGUGUACGGGUUGGCAUGCUAGGCGACUUCCUGCCGUAGGUUUUGUUCCUGAAACUGAUCCUGACGUGUUUGGCUUCCUCAAUCCGCAAGAGGUAUUGAGGGGUGCUCACCUAAUUCCUGCUUUCCAUCACAGCCUUGCCGAGGGCCUUUUGCAUGCAAAUUCAUGCGCACGCCGGGCAAAUGAGGACCAAGACUGGAACCUGUUCUAUCCCAACAUAUAA